GACGUAACAUCUGUAUCCUCUUCGUCCGACCGCUAGACCUUAGGCUUGGAAUUGAGUCCUAAAGCACUAUUACUAAAGCUUCGCGCGUAUUGGCCUCUCCGAACAUUCGACGUAGGCGACUAGCAGUGUGGAACUAUGUCCCCGAAUGAAGACACUGGUUUCAAGCACCAAGUAGCAAUCAAACUUUCACGAGCGUUGAACAUCGUCAAUCCGAAUGACUUACUUGCAGAGCGUGUUAUCGACAUAGCGAAAACCAACUCCGCAGAAGGAUUUGCUAAAGCGGCUCGGGCGUUUGGCAAGUUUCAAGAUUCCUUUUUGACAGAACUCCAUGACGAAAUAUUGUCACACCUCAAGCAGGAGGCUUCCGGGUUUGCUCCUCAUCCCGUUGAGGGCAUAACAGUCUACGACAGCGAGGUGCUCGAGCCUGAUCCAAUCCGGCAAGGGGGCCUGAUGAGGAAUGAUACCAGACAUACUUUCCGACAGCCUGCGAAGCCAAUUGAACCACCAACUCCUCGAGGCUCUUUGCUUGGCCUCGAUCGACUCGCGAGGGAGAAGCGAGAACAGGCCAUAUCUGAAAACGGCCCUCGAAAGAAGCCGAGGCUGGCAGACGAUGCUGUCUUCAAAGUCCCCAGUUUGCCACUUGGACGAGGAAACAACUUAAGGCAACGAGGCGAAGAGACACCGUCUCACCCGGGCGGUCUGUCCGAUACCGCACGAGCACGCUUGGAGGAACAUAGACGAAACCGUGAGAAACAGAGAGAGGGUAUUACUGCAGUGCAGGAGCAACGGUCUCACGCUUCCAGAGGACUCGGAGAUUUCCAACGACGGUCAAAUCGGCAGGACAGGGAUCGACAUCGUGGACGCGGCUGGGAUUCUACACCACGCUCUGAGCGCGGCAGUAGCACCCAUGAUGCGCCCAGUGUCCGUGUGCCCAAUGUUGGAUGGGAUUCAACGCCGAGACGACGAGAGGGCGAAGGAUCCGGUUGGGGAGGGGCAAGGAAUCGUGCUUGGGAUGCACCGACCCCCCGCGUUCCAAGAGGCGGCAGUCCAGAGGAUGAUGGACUCCUUGGUGUCGACGUUAGGGAAUGGGAGGAGGAACAGCUGCGGCUGGAUCGGGAUUGGUAUACUGGAGCGGAGGAAGGUGGUGUCGCUGGAGAUGAAGAACACAACCCUUUAGCACAAUACGAGGAUCUCAGUGCACUGAAGGAUGCGGAAAUCGCCAAGAAACAGGUGAAGAGAAUAUCAGCCAGGCAGGCGCAAUAUAAUGCAGACAACGACCUCUGGGAAGCCAAUCGGAUGCUGACAUCUGGUGUUGCGACUCGGAAGGAAGUCGAUCUUGAUUUCGAAGACGAAUCCGAGUCGACGGUGCAUGUCAUGGUGCAUGAUAUUAAACCACCUUUCUUAGAUGGCAAGACCAUAUUCACCAAGCAACUCGAGCCUAUUAAUCCGAUCCGUGACCCUACGAGUGACAUGGCGAUAUUCUCAAAGAAGGGGAGCGCUCUCGUAAAAGAGAAGCGAGAGCAGGCGGAGAGGGCAAAGGCGGCUGCGAAACUUGCAUCGCUUGGCGGCACACAGCUUGGUAACAUUAUGGGCGUGAAGGACGAGGAGGCUGAAGCCGAUGCUUUGGCAGAAGCGAAGGCAAAUUCUGGCGAGAAAGAGGACUACAAGGGUGAUUCCAAGUUUGCCAGCCACCUGAAGGCCUCCACUGGGGUUAGUUCAUUUGCGAAGAACAGGACACUGAAGGAGCAGAGAGAGUAUUUACCUGCAUUUGCAUGUCGAGAGGAGCUUCUCAAGGUUAUCCGAGAAAAUCAGGUCGUUAUCGUUGACGGAUACUGCGCGUAUGGUCUCAUUGGCUGCACUCAGCCGCGUCGUGUGGCCGCCAUGUCCGUAGCAAAGCGUGUCGCUGAGGAGAUGGAGUGCAAGCUUGGCUCUACCGUUGGUUAUGCGAUCCGUUUCGAGGACUGUACCUCAGCGGAAACGAAGAUCAAAUAUAUGACGGACGGUGUCCUCCAGCGAGAAUCUUUGAACGAAGGCGAUUUGGACCGAUACAGUGUAAUCAUCCUCGACGAGGCCCAUGAGCGUUCGCUAAGCACUGAUGUUCUCAUGGGUUUGCUUCGAAAGAUUCUGUCUCGGAGAAGAGAUUUGAGGCUCAUCGUUACAUCGGCAACUAUGAAUGCUGACAAGUUUUCUGCGUUCUAUGGCAACGCGCCUUGUUAUACCAUUCCUGGUCGUACAUUCCCGGUGGAGAUGUUCCAUUCAAAAUCACCAUGUGAGGACUAUGUCGACAGCGCCGUGAAACAGGUUCUCCAAAUCCAUCUUUCGCUCCCUCCCGGUGAUAUCCUCGUAUUUAUGACUGGACAAGAAGACAUUGAAAUCACUUGUCAGGUUGUUAACGAACGUCUGUCACAGCUUGACCAGCCCGCCCCUCUGGCGGUGCUUCCAAUCUAUUCGCAGAUGCCUGCCGACCUUCAGGCCAAGAUUUUCGAAGCCACCCCUGACGGACGAAGGAAGGUCAUCGUAGCCACUAACAUCGCCGAGACUUCAUUGACGGUCGAUGGCAUUAUCUACGUGGUCGAUGCAGGCUACUCAAAGCUUAAGGUGUAUAACCCGAAGGUCGGCAUGGAUGCCCUGCAGAUCACACCGGUCAGCCAAGCCAACGCUAAUCAGCGGACUGGCCGUGCCGGCCGUACAGGCAGCGGGUUCUGCUACCGUUUGUAUACAGAAAUGGCGUUUCGCAAUGAAAUGUUCCCGAAUACCAUCCCAGAAAUCCAGCGCACCAAUCUCGCGAACACUGUUCUGCUCCUAAAGUCUCUCGGCGUCAAGAAUCUUCUCGAGUUCGAUUUCAUGGAUCCUCCUCCUCAAGCAAACAUUAUACAUUCAAUGUACCAACUUUGGGUCUUGGGUGCGCUGGAUAAUCUUGGCGAUUUGACGCCUGUGGGCAGGAAAAUGUCCGAGUUCCCGAUGGAGCCUUCCAUGGCCAAGAUGCUCAUUGCAUCUGUGGAGAUGAGGUGCUCAGCAGAGAUGUUGACUAUUGUGUCCAUGCUUUCAGUGCCAAGCAUCUUCUAUAGACCAAAGGAGAGGAUGGAAGAGGCCGAUGCGGCACGGGAAAAGUUCAAUGUACCAGAGAGCGAUCAUUUAACGUUGUUAAAUGUUUUCAACCAAUGGAAGAGUCACGGCUUCCGCGAUGACUGGGCCACGCGUCAUUUUUUGCACCCGAAACUGCUCCGCAAGGCUCGUGAAGUGAGGGCUCAGUUGGAGGACAUCAUGAAGUUCCAGAAAAUGGAGAUCAUUUCGGCUGGCACGGACUUCGACGUCGUCAGGAAAGCCAUCACCGCUGGCUAUUUCCACCAAUGUGCACGUGUGAAAGGCAUUGGCGAGUAUGUGAAUAUCCGUACUGGUCUACCGACACAUCUGCAUCCCACGAGUGCACUGUAUGGCCUUGGAUAUACCCCCACAUACGUUGUUUAUCAUGAGUUGAUCUUAACGUCCAAGGAGUACAUGACACAGGUCACUGCAAUUGAUGCCAUGUGGCUAGCCGAGUUCGGUUCGGUGUUCUACUCGGUCAAAUUCAAAGACUUUGAUGAUCGUGGAAUGAGGCGACAAGCUGAUCGAGAAUUCUCAAGAAAAGCUGAAUUGGAAUCCCAAAUCGCGAAGCAAAGGGAAGAGAAUGCACGGCAAGAGGCAGAGAAAGCUCUCGCGGUCAAGGUGUCCAGUGGAAGUAGCUCAAAGAUCAUUGUGCCUGGAACGCCGAGACAUCCAGGCACCGCAGGCAGUCGCGUUGGCCAAACACCUAGAAGACGAGUAGGGAUAUGAUGGGUGUACCCGUAGGUUACUUGCGUAUUUUAUUUUUUAGACAGUGUGGCAUCUGUUGCAUUGGAAGCUAAAUAUAUGUGUGUACUAUCGUUGUGGAGGACAAGAAUAUUGGGUUCGUCAGAUUCGAAA